AUGGCCGCCGAGGUUCAUGGAGUACCAGCAAAUGAUAAUUGGCAUGGCACUGUAUGCGCCGGACGUAAUCAAGAACAGGGCCCCAUAUUGAAGCGCACCGUUAGCCUCACCGUGGACAUUAAGGAGGAUGGCAAAUCCCGCAAUCGCUAUGCAAAUAGGGAUGAGCGUGAAGGCGAAACGGUUACGCAGGCGGUCGGAUAG